AUGUUUCAUGGGGGUGGGGCUGUUGCUUGGGAGAAAGUGUGUCAGCCCAAAAGUGCAGGUGGUUUGGGAAUUAAAAAGAUUGAGGAAUGGAACAAGGCGGCUAUGUGCAAAUAUAUUUGGGCCAUCGCGAAUAAGCAAGAUAGUCUUUGGCUAAGAUGGAUUCAAGGAGUCUACAUCAAAAACCAAGAAUGGUGGAGUUACAAUGCUUCCAUACAUGCUAGUUGGUAUUGGAAGAAGGUUGUAACUCUCAAAAACCAAUUGAAAUCCUUAUGCAAUGUAGCUGAAUUUCAGAGAGACAAAUAUACUAUUGCAGCAGGAUAUUGUAUGUUUUCUCCUACUCCAAUCAAGAUAAACUGGUGCAAGGAAGUUUGGGGUAGGUUGAAUACCCCAAAACAUUGUAUAAUUCUUUGGCUAGCAAUGCUCAAUAGACUAAAAACGAAGGAUAGACUGCUGAAUAUGGGGCUGCAAAUUGAAGGCAGCUGCUGCCUUUGUGAAACACAGCAGGAAACCAGCCAACAUCUCUUCUUUGAGUGCUGUUUUUCCUGUAGCAGGUUGCAAGAAAUAAAGUGUUGGUUGGGCUGGAAUGCUACUUCUAACAGCCUUCCGAUGUUGCUGAGAUGGGUGCAAAGAGCCAAGCUCUCCAAGUUUCGAAAACUGGUGUAUCAAGCUGCUAUAGCAGCCCUUGUUUAUGCCGUGUGGAAGAUGAGAAAUGGAAAAAUAUGGCAGGGAAACACUCUGAACAGUAGCAGUUUUUGUGAUGAAAUAAAAUGGAAUGUAAAAAUGAGAUGUAACAUGUACUUACCUAGAAAGAUCCAAGAUAAGGAUAGAGAUUGGUUUCAUGAUUUGUAA